GAUCAUGUCUUCCUAAAUUUUGUUUAAAACAAAUCGAAUAAAUGGGUUCGUAUCGGGUUUAUAUUCCGUUGAUUCUACAAAGUUCAAUUUUAAUGACUUCCAUCAACGGGGCCGAAAUAAAUUCAAAUUCAUCCAGUAAAACGUCUUGUGUUUUGCCUGAGUACCAUAAACAUGGAAAAUGGUCGAUAAAAAUCGGUUCUGGAGAGCCCGGUGAUCGAAUUGGCGAAGGAAGCAUUUUAGUAAAUGAAUGCGAUAAUGGGUAUACGCAAAUCGGGGACACAUCCUUCUGUUAUUCGGGAAGAUGGACUGAAUUAUUUGAAUGCCAAAAAUUUUGUCCUCCCGUUCACUCAUCUGUGUCUACAAUAGUAAAAUGUACCUACAAAGGAGAGUUGCGCGAAUGUGAUAAGGCUCCAGAUGGUACCACCUUAUCAGUUAGAUGCUCUGCAUAUUAUCAAAAUACUUUGAACAACAUAAGUUCAUAUUUCUGUGUAGAUGGUACCUGGGAUUAUGAGAUAAAAAGAUGUAGCCCAAUAUGCGGACUGACACAACCAUCGUCGUUUGAUGGUAGUGGCAAAUAUGCAUGGCAGGCUGCUUUGUAUAUAAAAAGAAACGAAAGAAAGGCUUAUAUAUGUGCAGGCACACUGAUAAGUUCAAAUGAAAUUUUAACUGCUGCACAUUGUAUUACUAAUUUUGAAGAUGGGACGAGGGAGAAUGUUGAAAAUUACGAAGUUGCCGUCGGAAAUUAUUACAGAGUAUAUAGACAUAUAAGUGACGUAUUUUCUCAAAUUUCAAAGAUUAAGGAGUUUAUUGUUCAUGAAGCUUUUAAAGGAUCUGAACGAAAUUAUCUGAGCGAUUUGGCAAUAAUUGUAGUAGAAACUCCAUUUAAUUUAUCAAGAUUUAUCCAUCCUAUAUGUCUGGAUUUUAACGACUCUGUAAAAUUAACACCCGGUAAACGAGGAGUGCUUGUAGGCUGGGGUGCCACAGGUGUUAAAAAUGAAUAUUUAUCUACAACACAAAAAGUUGUGCAUCCAUUAUACGAAGAUUUCGCUGUAUGUGCAACUAACUUACCAAAUGAUUUUAAACAAUUUUUGACUUAUGACAAAAUUUGUGCAAGAAGUUAUAAUUCUAGUGUCAGUGUUUGUGAGGGUGACAGUGGAGCGGGGUUACUUUUUGAAAAUGAUGGUGUAUAUUACCUAAAGGGAAUUACAAGUAUUCAAAAGCGAUCGACCGGAAUUACAUGUGACCCCAAUCAGUUUACUUUGUACACAAAUCUUUUUAAAUAUCAAAAAUUCAUCAUUAAUAAUUUAAAAAAAUACAGUGACGAGCCAUUACCAACACCAGAAAUUCUUCCUCGAACCGGUCUCACAACAUCAACUGCUGCUCCGGAUAGGAACACGUGUGUCAAGCCCCAAUCAAUCCAAAAUGGCAAUUGGAAACUUAAAUAUCAAGUAGACUUGGAAAACAAAAACUACUAUCCUCCAGGCACGAUAAUAAUCGCCAGCUGUAAUGAUAAUUACGCAUUGGAAAACGAAUCGAAUUUGUCGUUUUGCGACGAAGGUGCUUGGACACAAGUUUUUUCAUGCAAAAUUAAGUGUCCUAUAUUGGGAGACAAAGAGUAUACUACUCUAACUUGCACAUACAAUGAUCAGUUCAGAUCAUGCAAUCAAGCGAUUGCUGAUACAUAUCUGGAAGUCACAUGUGCUCCUUUUUAUGAAGUAAAGAACGACGACAGAUAUCGAAUUUGCAAGUCGAAUGGCACAUGGAAUGAUGACAUUCCGCAAUGCGUCCCAGCGUGUGGUAUAAAAAAUGGGCAAACGUCUAUUCUAGCUGUUGGAAGCACGAAAGCAAACAUUACGGACUUCCCUUGGCAAGUUGCCAUAUUUAAAAAAAUGAAAGGUGAAUUUAGGCCAUGGUGUGGAGGAUCUAUUUUAACAAUAUCGAUUGUUUUAACUGCUGCCCAUUGCAUGGUUGAGGACAAAAAUGAUGGUACAGUCGAAAUAAAUAAAGAUAUCUACGAAGUAGCAGUUGGAAAAUAUUAUAGAGAUUAUAAACAUCCUGAUGAAGAAAAUGUACAAUACUCAAAGAUUAAGAGAAUUAUUACAUCUGAGCAAUACCGAGGUUAUUUCGGCAAUUACGUGGGUGAUAUUGCUUUGCUAGUGGUAGAGAAGAAAUUAAUACUAAGCCGAACAGUGCAGCCAAUUUGCUUGGACAUAUCUGGCUUUUAUCAACUACGACCAAACCAACCUGGAAUUGUUUCCGGUUGGGGUUUCACAAAACAUGGAGGUGAUCCACCAAAUGAGCUUCGUCAAAUAGAAAUGCCUUUUGUGGAAGAAUCAUUGUGUCGUAAUCGAUUACCGCCUGAUUACUCGCAAAGAUACUUCUCGUACGAUAAAAUAUGCGCAGGAUAUAUUAAUAGCAGCAAAGCGGUAUGUGAGGGAGACAGUGGAGGAGCGUUGAUUUAUAGACAAUCAAAUGGACGAUAUUAUGUUAGAGGAAUUGUCAGCAUUUCGCCACGACUACAAGGAAGCUGUGAUAUUGAUCAAUAUUCGUUAUUCACAGAUGUUCUGAAAUUUAAAAUGUUAAUUUCUAGAACAAUUUUAAGAUACUCAUAUACGCAUGCAAAAAUAGAAAUAUCACAUUCAAUUAGAAAUGUACGGGCUGUAGAAAAAAGUCCGACUUGUGUCCUUCCGGAACAACCCAAAAAUGGAUUUUGGUUUUUACCCGGAGGGGUUGGAUCCCCUGGAAAAACUGUAUCAGAAGGAACCGUUUUAACUGUUACUUGUUCUCCUGGAUACAGCCACAAUGGAACUAGCUCCGAAUCUGUGUGUGUGGACGGCGAAUGGAGUAAAAAUUUGGAAUGCAAACGAUCGUGCAAACCAUUGAUUUCAUCUAUUUCCACUCAGGUGCAGUGUUUCAAUAACGGAGCAUGGUCGAAUUGUGAUCAUCCAGUCCAUGGAACUGCAUUAACCAUAACAUGUGCCCCGUUUUAUGUAGAUCCAUCUCCCGAAACGCAUUAUUGUGUCGAAGGAUUAUGGUAUCCAUACAUUUCGAGAUGUCAGGCAAUUUGCGGUAGGAAACGUGCAUCCGUAACUUCGUCUAUAAGAGGAAACUACCCUUGGCAUGCCACUUUAUAUAAAAACGUGUCCGGAAAGUUUGAACAAACAUGUGGGGCGACACUAAUUUCCAGUAUAAUGAUAAUGACAGCUUCUCGUUGUGUGGUAGACGACGAUUUGGAAUCAAAACCUGAAAUGUAUUAUAUUGCAGUUGGAAACUAUUACAGGCAAUUUAAACAUGCAAAAGAUACGAAUGCACAGUAUUCUAAACUAGCAUUAAUUAUACCCUCUUCUGAUUUUAAAGGAUCUUCAAAGAAUUACUACAGCGAUAUAGCAAUUUUAAUAUUGGAAACCCCCAUAAUAUUUACGGAAACAGUCCAACCAGUAUGUAUAGACUACGAAAAUAAAAUUGAUAUAAGACAAAAUCAAGUCGCUAGUCUUUUAGGUUGGGGAUCUUCCUAUCCUCACGGAGGUCCAUCUGAAACUUUAAAAGAUGUUUACGUUGGUUAUUCGGCUGAAUCAUCAUGCCGACAAGGUUUACCUACAGAUUUUAGACCAUAUUUUACAAGUGACAAAUUUUGUGGACACAACAUCAACACCAGUAAUAUUGUUUGUCAAGGGGAUGAAGGAGGUGGUCUGUUUUUUAAAGACAAUGAUGUUUACUACAUUAAAGGAGUCGCUAGUAUUCAACCGUUAAUAAACAAUACGUGUGAUCCUUUACAAUACUCAUUGUAUACUAAUAUAAACAAUUUCAUUUCCUUCGUUGGAUCAACAAUAAGUAGAUAUAGGAAAGUUGAAAAUCGAAUUCCACCCAAUGUCGGCACCCAGGACAAUCGAGGAAAAUUCAACGAGUCAAACAUACCUUUAAAAUCUUGUCUUUUACCAAAACAACCUGAUCAGGGCAAAUGGGAAUUAAAAUACCAAAGCAGCCAAAGGUACGGCGAUUAUGUUAUUUCAGGAACUGUUAUCAAUGCCACAUGCAAUCCUGGAUAUGCCCUGGAAGAAUUAUCCGAUUUCGCACUUUGCAAUGAAGGCAACUGGACUAACACAUUCACCUGCAAGAGGAAGUGUCCUGUCAGAAGAUCGACAGAAGUAACAACAUUCUCAUGCACUUACAAUGACUUCCAACGAGACUGUGAUAAAGCAAUUGUUGGUACUUUUAUGGAAGUAGUUUGUUCCAAUUUCCAUGAAGUAAAAGGUGGUGACGUAUUUAGGUUUUGUAGGGAUGAUGGAUCUUGGGGUAAUCAUGUUCCACAAUGUGUACCGGUUUGCGGACAGAAACGGGGGGACGCACAACUAUUAGGUAUAGGAUCAACUCCCGUUAACAUUGGUGAUUAUCCAUGGCAAGUGGCUAUAUUUAGAAAAAUGAAUUCUGAAUUUGCACCUCAAUGUGGAGGAUCUUUGAUUACUACUAAGCUUGUAUUAACGGCUGCCCAUUGCAUGGUUAACGAUAACUCGGAUGGUACAAUAACGUUUAAUUCUGAUGAUUAUGAAGUAGCUGUAGGAAAAUAUUAUAGAGAAUACAAUGAUCCCAAAGACACAAAUGCUCAAUAUUCAAAGCUCCGAAACAUUAUAAUAAAUGAACAAUAUAGAGGAUUCUUUGGAAAUUAUCAAGGAGAUGUUGCUUUGUUGGUAGUUCAAAAAGAAUUUGUAUUGUCAGCUGCUGUUCAACCAGUCUGCUUAGAUUUCUCUGGGAUUGUCAAUUUAAAAGGUGGUGAAGUAGGCGUUGUUCCCGGUUGGGGGUACACAAAACAAGGCGGUUCCCCCUCUGAUGUUUUACGAGAAUUAGAAGUUCCAUAUGUAGAAGAAAAUUUAUGUCGCUCAAAAUUACCGGACGCAUAUGUUCAAAAAUAUUUUACGUAUGACAAAAUCUGUGCAGGAUAUCAUAAUAGUAGCAAAGCUUUGUGUGAAGGUGAUAGCGGCGGUGGUUUAGUUUUUAAACAAUCAGAUGGUAGAUAUUAUCUUAGGGGAGUUGUUAGUAUAUCUCCAAGAAAUGCAGGAAGUUGUGAUAUCCAACAAUACACAUUAUUUACUAACGUACUAAAGUUUAGUCCAUUAAUUUCAAAAACGAUAAAUAGAUAUUCUUAAGUAAAAAUAAAUAUGUAUAUAUUUAAAAUUUAUCAAAAAUA